AUGGAGACAGGAGAUAUGAAUCUUGAUCUUAUGAGCUUCGCGCCCCUCACGUUGACGCAGUUUCUUAUUCGCAGUCAACCACCGAAGAGCCGUGGUGCUUUUACACUUUUGAUGAUGGCCCUCCAAACGGCCGUCAAAGUGACCGAAAAAAAUAUUCGAAGGGCGGGUAUGAAAAACAUGUUUGGCGUUAUUGAGGGGGUACCACAGAACGCAACAGGUGAUCAACAGGCAAAGCUGGAUGUGAUCUCAAACAAUGCCUUCAAGGCAUAUCUCGGUUCGUCAACCUGUGUCACCAUCCUUGGGAGUGAGGAGGAGGAAGAUAUUAUUCUCAUUGAUAAGGAUAAGUGCGGCGACUACAUCAUCUUCUUCGAUCCUCUGGAUGGCAGCAGCAACAUUGAUGCCAAUGUUACCAUAGGCUCGAUUUGGUGUAUCUGGCGUCUACCACCGGGUGAGGAGAUCAAUUCGAAGGAGAAAGCCAAGGAUUUACUUCAAAAAUUGAAUGGCAAUGAUAUCGUUUCAGCUGGGUAUGUCAUGUAUGGAAGUGCCACAAGUCUCAUUAUCAGUAUCGGCCAGGGUGUCGAUGGCUUCACAUUAGAUCCAAGAAUCGGCGAGUUCGUUCUCACCCAUCCGCAUAUCAGAAUUCCAAAGAGCCGCAGGAUCUUUAGCGCGAAUGAGGGUUAUUUCAGAAAGUGGGACCCGUGGUUCAAAAAAUAUGUCAUGCACAUCAAGGAUAAAGAAAAAAAGGCAUACUCCUACAGGUAUAUCGGCUCCAUGGUGGCCGAUAUACACCGCACCCUGCUCUACGGAGGCAUCUUUUGUUAUCCUAGGACAACUGAUAAGCCAUCGGGUAAGCUGCGCUUUUUGUAUGAGGCCGCACCCAUGGCUUACAUCGUGGAACAGGCUGGCGGGAAGGCUUUGGAUGGUCAGGGCCGCAUCCUAGACCAGAAGGUGAAGUCUAUGCACCAACGCACCCCGGUAUUUUUAGGCAGCCCCCAAGAGGUAGAUUUCUGCAUGUCUUUCUGUGAUAAGUAUGGAGGUACUCCGAUGCAACAAAGCAAGUUGUGA